GGCAUCAGAAAGUCAAAAAUAGGGACAAAGCAGCUUCCAUUUUGAGUUUUAGCCUUCAAAAAAAGCAGCUUCCUUUAAACCAAAAUCAGUGUCACUGGCGGCCUAACAGCAUGUACUCCGUAAUAUAAAAUGACUCCAAAUUAAUGAAGUUAUCUAUCAACUCUUCUCCUCUCUCUCUCCUAAGCCUCCUCUUGCUCCCUCUGUUUUGGAAAAGCAACCAGAAAAGAUCAACAGAGUUUUUACUGGAUAAGGGGGUGUUACUAAUCCUAGUCUAUCUGUAGGACUGUAGACAUUUGGUGUAAACUGAACGCCUAGAGGACAGCUUGAGAAAAUGAGCUCCGUUGUAAGACUCUCUCUUCCACUGGGUACACCUAGGUUGUUGAGGCCAUCCCUGUGUACUAUGGCCCGAACUGCAGUUGAUGAGAUAGAAAAAUCUGGUGCUUUUGUUAGGUCUCCUUCAACAUUUCGUAAUUUUAUUUCAAGAGAUCAAGGGUCGACCUUUCUGCCUGAGUCUGGAAGAUAUCAUCUAUACAUAUCUUAUGCUUGUCCUUGGGCAUCCAGGUGCCUUUCUUUCAUGAAGAUAAAAGGGCUUGAUAAAGCAAUAAGUUUCACGUCAGUCAAACCCAAAUGGGAAAGAACAAAGGAAGGUGAUGCACAUAUGGGAUGGGUUUUCUCUGCCUCUGAUACAGAAGAACCAGGUGCUGAGCCAGACCCUUUGAAUGGUGUAAAGACUAUCAGAGACCUGUAUGACCUUGCAAGUGCUAAUUACUCUGGCAAAUAUACAGUGCCUGUCCUUUGGGACAAGAAACUUGAGACAAUUGUAAGCAAUGAAAGCGCAGAAAUCAUUCGCAUGUUUAACUCUGAGUUUAAUGAUAUAGCAGAGAAUGGGGAUUUGGACCUUUAUCCCCAGCAUCUGCGGGCUCAAGUUGAUGAGGUUAACGAAUGGAUAUAUAAUAGAAUCAACAAUGGUGUCUACAGAUGUGGAUUUGCCACAAAGCAAGAACCAUAUGAUCAGGCUAUUGACAAAUUGUAUGAAGCGCUGGACAAAUGCGAAGAGAUACUUGCUAAACAGCGAUAUUUAUGUGGCAGCUCACUGACUGAAGCAGAUAUACGUUUAUUCGUAACCUUAAUAAGAUUUGAUGAGGUGUAUGCUGUUCACUUCAAAUGCAACAAGAAAUUGCUGCGCGAGUACCCAAACUUGUUCAAUUACACAAAAGAGAUCUUCCAAAUUCCUGGCAUGAGCAGCACAGUGAACAUGGAUCACAUUAAGAAGCACUAUUAUGGUAGUCAUCCCUCCAUUAAUCCUUAUGGGAUCAUUCCUCAAGGCCCAAAUAUUGACUACUCUGCACCCCAUGAUAGAGAAAGGUUUUCUCUCUGAGAUGUUAGAAAAGUGCUGUUAAAUCCCUACUAAAAUAAAAAUAAAGCUUUUCUUCUUUCUUUACGUUCGACUACAGUGAAGAGGUAGCAUCUAGCCAUCUAAGCCUUAAAUGGCCUUCUCUGUUAGGAUUAUGUGUGAUUUCUCUUUUUCAACAGUUCAAGUAAGGUGCAUGUUCUUGUGUAAAGUAAUAACUCUAACCAUUUUCUGCUAUUCGUAUGGAGUUGGUGUGUAUACUUUGAUUAGUAAUGGUUGCAAAAAUAAUCAUAAUCGAUUUCUUUGUUUGGUUACCA